AGAACAAGUAUGAGAGAUUUGAAAAAUUACUCAUGUGGUUUUAAAAAACACACCGCCUGUUAUAACCUAAAAUUUUGUUGUAAAUAUGGUAUUGAAAUAACUUUUUAGUUAAAUACCGACGUUUGAUUUAGCGGGAGGGGGCCAUGGCCGGCACGAGCGUUAUCAAGGGCGGCGCGCAGCAGGACCUGCUGGGCGAGCUGCGCACCUUCGUGGCCGGGGCGACGCGCAGCGUCAAGGGCAACCCCCUCGAGUUCGCCCGCACGGCGCUCUCCCUGCUGAAGACGCUGCCGGCCGCGCGAGACGCCGUGCUGGAGUACUUCUGCAGCGUGUUCGACAUCGCCGUCGACAAGUACAUCACGGAGGUCAAGAUGAUGAUGCCGCAGGAAGGCCAAGCGAUGUCGACGUGCACCGAAGAAGCGACCAUCACAGAGAUCCACAACGUCCUCUGCAACUUCGUCAACCAGAACCCAAAGGCUUGGGCUCCAAUCAUAUCCACCUGGUCCCUCGGGUUGCUCGGGGAGCUGUCAACGCGGUACUCGGCCAUCAACCACGCCUGCUCGGGCCCGAGCGAGCUGAAUGAGGACCUGCAGCUGUGGAUGUCGUGUCGAGCCACCCGCACGCUCAUCGACAUCACCACGCAGUGCUUCUCCUGCCUCAUGCACUGGGACACUGACACCUGCAUCGGCGCGCUGCUGGACACGAGCGUGGAGCACAGCCCCCACUUCGACUGGGUGGUGGCGCACGUGGGGGGCUGCUUCCCGCAGACCGUCAUCACCAAGGUGCUGUCCUGCGGCCUGAAGGACUUCGUCCAGCACACCUCCGCCGAGCAAGGGGCCAAGUCGCCCAAGUUGAACUCGGUGGUGGGCAUCCUGGGACACCUGGCUGGGGGCCACUUUGUGGACAUACGCAGAGCUCUCCUGGACCUGUUCACGUCGAGCCUGGAGCCGCCGGGUGAAGGAGACGACGCGGCCGUGAGGAAGGCCACCGUGCCCUUCCUGUUCCAGCUGGCGUCCGUGUCGCCGACGCUGCUGCGCGCGCUCACCACGGGCGUUCUGCGCACUCUGGACGUGGGGACGCUGGCGCGGCUGGCGCGGCUCGCCCCGGACUGGUGCCGCUACUUCGGGGGCGCGGAGCAGCUGCAGCAGUUCCUGGUGGGGCUGUGCCUGGGCUGCGACGAGGGCGGCACGCUGGUGUUCCGGCUGCUGCUGGACGCGUGCGCCGCCCCGCCCGACGUGCCGGGCUGCGUGCGCACCGCCGCGCGCACCUUGCUGGAGCUGCUGAUGCUGGAGGUGGACCAGCAGCUGCGCACCACGGCGUCGCCCGGCAUCGCGCUGCUGCAGUCCGUGCAGCGCGAGCUGGGCGCCGUGCAGCCCCUGCUGCUCAGCUCCGGCCAGCUGGAGGUGCUCACCGCCGUGCGUCUGCUGGGGCUGCUGAGCUGGCAGAGCCCCAACGUGCUGAUCAGCUCCGCCUCCUUCCUGCUGCAGAACGCUUCCACAGACAGCCACUUGGCGGCGCUGGUGCGGCUGGUGGCCCGCAGGACCCUGGCAGACCAGGACGCGAGCUGCCCGAUGGUGCACGCCUUGCAGCAGGCGGUGCGAGAGGCUGCCCACCCCGCGUCCCAGGAGCUGCUGUGGCGCAACGUGGCAACACUGCUCAGGUGGGAGCGCUCCGGCCGGGUGGCGGCGCUGAGCGGCCGGCCGACGCUGCGUGCCGUGCUGGCCAGCCUGGGCGGCGUGGCGACGGCGCUCAGCCCCGCGGUGGUGGCGGCCCUGGAGCUGGCCGCGGACUGCCUGCCGCCCGAGACCUGCCUGCGCGCCCUGCUGGGGCUCACCCGCGCCACCGCGCACUACUUCUUCUCCUGCCUGCGCCUGCCAGGCAUCUCGGACCGCAUGAGCGAGGCGCGGCGCUGCUGCAUCCUGCUGGGCCGGUUCAGCGCGCUGUCCGUGCCCGCACGCACGCUGGCCCUGCGCCUGCUGCUGGAGGGUGCCCUGCACGGCGCCGGCGCGGCCUUGUUCGGCGCGAGCGCGGCGCCCCGGCGCGCCCAGAGGGACGGCGCCGCGCCCGGCCUCCUGCAGGAGAACCUCAGACAGGGCUCCAACUCGAUGCUGUCCCUGCGGCACUCGUGGGUGUUCCACGCGGGCGUGAUAGGCCAGGGCCCGCGCAGCCAGCCCCCGGCCGCCGCGCUGUCGGCCGACACGGUGGCCCAGAACACCCAGCUGCUCGUCAGCGCCAUCAAGGCCGUCUGCUGCGGCCCGACGGGCACGGUGCUGCUGGAUGCCAUGACCAGCGUCUCCCUGCUGCUGGUGGAGCUCAUCUCGCCCGACGUCAUGUACAACGGCCUGCCCUGGCCCGAGGAGGAGUUCUGCAAGGUGACGGUGGAGAGAGACCUGUCGGUGCGCCGCCAGUUGGACGGCCUGCCCGUGGUGUGGGACCUGAUGUCGCUGGUGGCCGCGCACCGCCCCACGCUGUGCUACUGCUCCGUGCUGCUGCGCGCGCUCACGGCCACGCUCGUCGCGCAGUGGGGGUCCCCCAGCCGGGACACGGGGCUGCUGCUGCCCCCCACGCAGCGCCUGCUGCACCUGCUGUCCCUCGGCCAGCUGCUGCCCCCGCCCCUGUCCUCGCUGGGCGACGUGGCGGGCGCGCUGGCGCCCCUGGACGUCGUGCUGCUGCUGCGGAGCUGCGUGUGGAACUACCUGCGCGACCACGUGCCCUCGCCCGCGCUCUUCAACCGCGACGAGGCGGGGCUGGUGUGGCGCGACCCCGGCCAGGCCUGGCCCGCCCCGCAGUACGUCGAGCCCUUCUGCCUCGUGCUGCAAGCCAACAUCGGCGACUUCGGCUCCCUCUACUCCCAGAUCUUCUUCCACUCCUCGUGAGGCCUGUGCGUAACGUGACCACAACAUGUGUCCAGCGAACUAUGUGGAGCCCUUCUGCCUCCUGCGGCCUGCGCGUAACGUGACCACAAUGCGUGUCUGAAGUGAAGACUUUGAGCAUCGCAUUGAAUAGUGCAAAUACUGCAUGACUGGUACACUGAAUUCUUUGCUAUGUGAAAGAAAAUAGAAUACUAAUGAUACAUAUCCAGUGUUAAACAGUAAAUGUGGUUUAUGACAAUUAAGUUCCCUCGAGGGAUAUUUUAAGAUCUUUUAAGAGAUGCGUGUGUGAUGUAAACAUGACUCGGUGUCAGGUAAAAUAUAGGUGUGUAAUGUACAAAAACAAAAUUUGUUACAUACAGUUUGCAAAUUGCUUUUUUAUGGACAUCAAGUACAUGGUGAGACAAGGAAGAACUGUACUGUCCAAAAUUAGGUAAAUUAGACUGGCAUUUGAACAGUUUCUCCCAACUGCACUGCAAACAAAGUCUGUGAAUUAAAAUUUUUAAUAAAACACAUUGUAAAGAAAUAAA